AUGCUGGCGCUGGCUCCAGUCGUGCACACGAAGGAGAUUAAGUCAUGGGCGUUCAAUAUACCUGCGAGGCUCCAAGGUUUUCUCGAGUGGUUUACUGAUGUCAUUGGUUAUCAUGAAAUUUUUGCAAGGAAUGAUUUAUGGACUAUUUUUGGGAAUGUGUACUGUCGGGAUGGGGCAUGGACUCAACGGUUUUGUGAUAUUCCAUUUGGGUUGUCAGGUGGAUUUAAUAGACCAGGAUUAAACACUACAUUGUUGCCAAUAACUUUUACGCAUUUCCCUGGUGGAUCUUCAACGAAACAACUGCUACAUUAUACACAAGUAUUAAAUUCAGAUGUUUUUCGUCAGUAUGAUCAUGGAAUACUGCAAAACAUUCAAAAAUACGGACAGGAAACUCCGCCUUUGUACUUCUUAAAUCGAACAACUGCCCCUGUUGCCAUAUUUUGGGCUGGGAAUGAUUGGUUGACAUCACAAAGAGAUAUUGAUGUUCUACAUAAAGCACUACCAAAUGUGAUACACUACUACAAAGUGCCCGACGAAUUAUUCAAUCACUUUGACUUUCUACUUUCUUUCACAGCCCAAAAACACAUUUAUCCUAACUUCUUACAAGUGAUUGAGAAACAUGAACGUGAUAAGCAUUCCAAAACAAAGAGAAAUAAAGAUUAAAUAUGAUAGAAUAGAAAUGUUGUAAAUAAAUAGAUUUUUAAACGUUU